CAAAUGUUGACAGUUAUCUGUCACAAAUUGUCACAAAAACUUUCAGUUCCGAAUUGAGCUUGAUUCAUCGCAAAUUUUUUCUAAUUUGCAAUGUCUUUCAUAGCAAAAACAGCACGAAGACUGUUUGUGAAUGCGUCCCGGAUUUUGGUGAAUAAUACUGUUCGCAGCAUAAGUCAUCUGGUUGUACAAAAUGAAAACACAGAAGAUAUGAUAGCUCGAUACGAAUGCCUUUUUGGACGAGACGAUGCCGACGGAUGGGACGUCAGACAAGCCAUGAACGACCUAACUGGGUACGACUCUGUUCCGGAACCCCGAAUUAUCAUAGCAGCUUUGCAUGCUUGCAGACGUCUCAACGAUUACGCGUUGUCUGUUAGAUUUUUGGAAAUGGUAAAGGAUAAAUGCGGACAAGACGUAGACAAAAUAUAUCCGUAUAUAGUUCAGGAAGUUGGAGUCACCGUCGCAGAACUCGGAUGCGAUUUUCCGGAGAGUUUGGGAUACGACAAGCCAGAGUUGUACAUGCAAUCUGUUUUCGAUAUGUAGUUUUCUAAUGAGAAUUUGAUGAUACCGAUGAUUAUUAUAUCAUUAGAAAUUAUGCGCGGUUUGAUGUUGUAAGCCAUAGUCGUUGUGAUUAUUAAGAUGGUUUUCAAUGUUA